AUGGCAGUCCUUCACCGUAUCCUUGUACUUCCGGUUAGAAGGCAGACACUAGAUUCUAUUGGAAGUAUUGCCAGUUGGGUAUUACAGAUUGAGGAAGGGUUUCGUAGCCAAGAACUUCGAGUUAUACAUCGAUAUCUGGCCAUUUUCAACUGCUUGCCCUAG